AAAUAUUAGAUCAAGCUUCAUAUACAUAGUGUUAAUGUGGUUUAAUAAACUUUAUUCAGCUAAUCUAGUUACUUUAUCACAUUGUUGUUGAAAUUCUGUUUCUUUUAAGGGCACGUGAAGUAAAGUCAUGCUGUGUGGACGGAGCCGCAACACCACCAGCAUCAUCACUCACUGCCUGUGAUGACUCCCACCAUCAACCAUUCUCUGUGAUGAUCCCCAACAUCAUCACCCACUGCCUGUGAUGACCCCAGCAUCACCCACUGCCUGUGAUGACCCCAGCAUCACCCACUGCCUGUACUGACCCCCAGCAAUACCCACUGCCUGUACUGACCCCAGCAAAACCCUCUGCCUGUGCUGACCUCCCAGCAACAGGUCAGCACCGAUUGUGUCUUUCGUUUAAACAGUUUCUAAGAAAAUGCCGAAAAUACAAAGCACAGAGAUGCAUGAAGGAGAAACAGUAAGCAAUAGUUGUGAAGAUUCAACUACUCUCAAAACUUGCUUAAGUGUUCAAAGGAACGAGUGUAAAACAAAAUGGUCACGGUGUUGUGAGAGCUGUUCCCAUGAUAGUCAUGCUGCAUGUAUAGAAGACUCUCUAGAUUCACAGACCAGUGCUGUCAUUAGCUUGCAAGGCAAGUGUUACAUCAGUUGCCUACCAAAUGAAAUUUUAUUGCAUAUUUUCUCGUUCCUAAGAGUGCGCGAGUUGUGUGUGAGUGUGGCCCCUGUGUGUACCACCUGGCGGGACCUAGCCAAAGAUCCAACACUGUGGACGCACCUUGUGUUUUCUGAGGAAGAUAGAGCAGACGGAGAUAGAGUGAAAAGCUUACUGAGAGCAUCACCUUCGCUGGUCUCCCUGGAGCUGAGCAGACGUGAAGAUGGUGGCAACUUGUUGCUGCAGGUGGCCGCUUCUUGUAAUAAGCUCAGGGAACUCACUGUCCAGUUUUGUGAUGGUUUAACAGAGGCUGUUUUUAAAGACUUAGUAAUAAGGUGUCCCAACAUACGGUAUUUGAACAUGGAAGGUUGUCAAGUGCACAGUACCCAAUGUUUCCAUAUAAUAGGGGGCUUCAGACAACUGCAAUAUUUACAUUUAUCUCGUUGUCAGUUAUUAGAUAAUGCAGGAUUGACCAUUAUUGCUAGACAAUGUAACCAUCUUGAAUAUCUUAACAUUGAUGGAAUUAUACACAUACACGACUCUUCAGUAAUGUUUCUGACAAAGAAGCUCAGUCACUGUCUCAAGAACUUAUUCCUAGAUGGUGAAUAUUUAACAGACGCCUCUUUUAGGUCGCUUCGAGAUUGUUCACUUCUUCAAAAGCUCGAAAUUUCAUUUUGUGAACAAAUGACUGAUGAUGGAUUGUCUGGAAUAUAUGGUCUAGAACAUCUGACCUGGCUGAAGCUUCGUAGAGGUAUCCAGUUGACUCCUGGUGGCUUGAAGGCAAUGUUUCACCGUUUACCACAGUUAGUCUACGUGGACCUCAGCGAAUGCUGUCUUAUGGAUGACUCAGUACUGUGGACUCUGGCAUCGAUGUGCCCUAGACUUGAGCAUCUAAGGUUGAACUGGUGUUCGGAUUUAACAGAUGGAGGCAUUGCAAUCAUAGUGGUUAGCUGCCCACGACUGCAAGUCGUCGAACUGGUCGGUAUUCAGCGACUUACAGGCACUGCCUUAAUUAGCAUUCCCAGGGCUCUUCCUAAUCUUGUUAUAUUACACCUUAAGGAGUGUAAAAAUGUCGAUAACACAAUCUUACGGUACAUAGUAGCCGAGAAACCUUCACUUUGUGUGUUCGACUGUUCUGGAAAUCUGGUGGAACACCAUGAGCCAAGCAAUAAUGAUAGUGUGUCGAAAUAAUGGGAUUUGUUCAGAAUAAAAAAAAUCACUGUAUGACCCACAAGGGCUUAGUUCGUUUUUGUGACUAUAAUAACACUAAUGAUAGAAAACAGAUAUUUUAGAUUUUGCACAACCAUAUUACUAAAAAACCUAGGACGAAGUCCUGUGAUCAACAGUACUCUUGUUUACCAUAACUGCAGGUCAUGAAACAAAGUUAUAGUUCGUUUCUUUGAAAAUAAAAAUUAUUUUUAAAUAUGUAUGUAUAACAUCAUGAAAGCUGGUAUGUUUUAAAUAAGUAGCUAGCAUUUUGACGGGAGUAGUGUAUUGCCAGCAACAGUGAAGAAAAGAUGUGCACAGCAACACGUAAAUAAUAAACGGUAAUCCUAAUUAAAGCUUGUUCAGGUGGCUAAGACUCAUGUGCAAUAUUUAGGUAUCUUUAGUACCGAGACAUUUGAUCUGUGCAGCUGGCUUCUUCAGACGAAUACAGAGGUUAUCAGUAUAUUGGAGAUCGUUGAAGAAGUAGAGAUUUUGAGGUGUUCAGUCCCGUCGCCGUGAAACUAACAGUUGAAGACUUGGACCCCUCAAGGGAGGUUCCUUGACGCUGGUGAGGGACUCUUGAUUUGGAGAAUUGGAUCUGUACUCUGGUUUCCUGAAUUGAGCCUGCAUGCCUUCCAUCCCUCCCCCCCACAUGAGCUGUAUAAUCCUACGGGUUUAGCUCUUACUCAUAAUUAUAAUAAUUGAAGAAGUUAUCUUACUUGAGGUGUUCAGGCCUUCAGCCUAGAUGGAAAGUGUUAGUCCCAUAGCUUGGUAAGUCUGAAGUUGAAACAGAUGGAGCUUAUAUACUCUAGCCAGAUGUUAGGUGUGGCAGUUGUACAUAUUGUCAAAGAAGACUAUGCCCACUAGCAGACUUGGUGGCUCAAGCUUGGCAGGUCCUUACAAAAUCCAACACCUCUCACACACAAGAACUUACCAAAACAUAAGAUAAUCUGUUGUAGAUCAAAGUUGUAUCAUUUGCCAUCUACAACUACUUUGGCCUACAUUUUUUGUCAUGUUCUUAAGUUCUUGUAUAAAAUAACAUAAAUAAGAACACAGAUAAGUAUGUUUAUGGAGCAACUUGCAAUGUGAACAGACUGACUGAUGUUGUAGUGGCCAGGCUUAGGCUUGGUUACAAGUACUUCUGGCAGUUUGGGAGACACACAGAUGAUGAUCAAACUAAAUGCAAAUUAUGUGAUCAGGCAAUUGGUCACUGUCUUGAACACUAUGUGCUUAAUUGUCCACUUAUUGAGUAAUACAGAGAUAGACAGUAUAAUAACCUAUGUGAUAUGUCAAGAUAUCUUAUUAAUGAAAAUAAGAUACCAGAUAUAGUAAGCAAAUUUCCUAAAUUUGCUUGUAACAUAUAAAUGAACUAUAGAUAUGUAGAUAUAGACCCAUAUGUACUCCUGUUAACCCUUUUGAGGCAAGACAACCAAACAUUGUACCCGCAAGACAAAACAUUGUACCGGCGAGACAACCGAACAUUGUACCGGCAAGACAACCAAACAUUGUACAGGCGAGACACCCAAGCAUUGUACCGGCAAGACAACCAAACAUUGUACCGGCGAGACAACCAAACAUUGUACCCGCAAGGCAACAAAACAUUGUAAAGGCGAGACAACCGAACAUUGUACCGGCGAGACAACCGAACAUUGUACCGGCGAGACAACCAAACAUUGUACCGGCAAGACAACCAAACAUUGUACCGGCGAGACAACCGAACAUUGUACCGGCAAGACAACCAAGCAUUGUACCGGCAAGACAACCAAACAUUGUACCGGCAAGACAACCAAACAUUGUGCCAGCAAGACAACCAAACAUUGUACCGGUAAGACAACCAAACAUUGUUCCGGCAAGACAACCAAACAUUGUACCGGCAAGACAACCAAACAUUGUACCAACAAGACAGCCAAACAUUGUACCGGCGAGACAACCAUUGUACCGGCAAGACAACCAAACAUUGUACCGGCAAGACAACCAAACAUUGUACCGGCAAGACAACCAAACAUUGUACUGGCGAGACAACCAAACAUUGUACCAGCAAGACAACCAAACAUUGUACCAGCAAGACAACCAAACAUUGUACCGGCGAGACAACCAAACAUUGUACCUGCAAGACAACCAUUGUACCAGCAAGACAACCAAACAUUGUGCCGGCAAAACAACCAAACAUUGUACCGGCAAGACAACCAAACAUUGUACCGGCGAGACAACCAAACAUUGUACCAGCAAGACAACCAAACAUUGUACCGGCGAGACAACCAAACAUUAUACCAGCAAGACAACCAAACAUUGUACCGGCGAGACAACCAAACAUUGUACCAGCAAGACAACCAAACAUUGUACCGGCAAGACAGCCAAACAUUGUACCGGCGAGACAACCAAACAUUAUACCAGCAAGACAACCAAACAUUGUGCCGGCGAAACAACCAAACAUUGUACCGGCGAGACAACCAAACAUUGUACCGGAGAGACAACCAAACAUUGUACCGGCAAGACAACCAAACAUUGUACCAGCAAGACAACCAAACAUUGUACCGGCAAGACAACCAAACAUUGUACCGGCAAGACAACCAAACAUUGUACCAGCAAGACAACCAAACAUUACCGGCGAGACCACCAAACAUUGUACCGGCAAGACAACCGAACAUUGUACCAGCAAGACAACCAAACAUUGUACCGGCGAGACAACCAUUGUACCAGCAAGACAACCAAACAUUACCGGCGAGACAACCAAACAUUGUACCGGCAAGACAACCAAACAUUGUACCAGCAAGACAACCAAACAGUGUACCGGCGAGACAACCAAACAUUGUACUGGCGAGACAACCAAACAUUGUACCAGCAAGACAACCAAACAUUGUACCGGCGAGACAACCAAACAGUGUACCAGCAAGACAACCAAACAGUGUACCAGCAAGACAACCAAACAGUGUACCGGCGAGACAACCAAACAUUGUACCGGCAAGACAACCAAACAUUGUACCGGCAAGACAACCAAACAUUGUACCGGCAAGACAACCAAACAUUGUACCGGCAAGACAACCAAACAUUGUACCGGCAAGACAACCAAACAUUGUUCUAGGUUU